CAUAGAUGGUCCGGAGACCCCACAGGAGAGGGGGCUCAGGUGGAGUUGGUUGCUCUCAGCCCAAGGCACCGCGCGUGGGUCGACGCCUGCGCCCGCCUCUUUGGGGGGGUCGACAUCUGUGGGGUGGAAGCGCUGCGGGGCCCUGAUGGGCGCGAGCUCAUCGUGCAGGUUUUGGGGUCCUGGUUGCCAUUGGUGGGGCCGGGGGCGGCUGAGGACCGGGGCCGCAUCGUGGAGCUGGUGCUGAGCAGGAUGCGAGCGGAGCUGCCCCGACCCCGCAGCCCUUCCCCUGCCAGGCUGCGGCCUCAGAUGUCAGUGACCCAGCAGCGACCCCCACCCCAAGGGGCUCCACCGCCGUCUGGCCCCGCCCAGCCCCGCCCACAGCCGCAGGGGCAGCCCCGCCCACCUGGGGGCGUGACCUCCCCACGCUCCGCCUCCCCUGGCCCCGCCUCGCCGCGAGGCCCCGCCCAGCCCCGCCCCCAGACCCCGCCCACUUCCCCGCAGCCGCGCCCUCAGACGCCUCCGCCUGCCGCGCAGCCCCGCCCACAAACCCCGCCCAUUGCUCAGCCCCGCCCCCAAACCCCGCCCGCUGCUCAGCCCCGCCCCCAAACCCCGCCCACUGCUCAGCCCCGCCCUCAAGCCUCGCCCACUGCUCAGCCCCGCCCCCAAGCCCCGCCCACUGCUCAGCCCCGCCCUCAAGCUCCCGCCACUUCCCCCCAACCCCGCUCCCAGGCUCCGCCCACUGCGCAGCCCCGCCCCCAAGCCCCGCCUACUUCCCCGCAGCCCCGCUCUCAAGCCCCACCCACUGCACAACCCCGCCCUCAAGCCCCGCCCACCUCCCCUCAGCCCCGCCCUCAAGCCCCGCCCCUUGCGCAGCCCCGCCCCCAGGGCCCUCCCACUUCUCAGCCCCGCCCUCAAGCCCCGCCCACCUCCCCUCAACCCCGCCCCCCGGGCCCGCAGGCCCCGCCCACCACGCGCCAGCCCCGCCCCCAAGCCCCGCCCCUUGCCCCCAAACCAGCUCUGGCUCCUAAACCGGGCACAGCCCAGCCCCCUAGCCCCACCCCCGAGCAGGGGGGUCCCGAGGGGCUCCGGUCCCUGCGGCAGAGCUUCGCCUCCCUCUUCACCGACUAAAGGGGGGGCUCCAUCGCCCCCCACAUCCCCCCCAUAUCCCCCCUAUAUCCCCCCUAUAUC